AUGUCUUGCUUGCUGAUGACGGUGUCCUGCGAACUGCUCAUGGAUGCGUGGCUGGACUUGGUUGUUAAUGAUGCUUCGUGCAAUUUACAAUCCAUUGACGCCGGUUUAAAGUCAGCUUUGCAUAUUGCAGUGGAAGCUAAAGCUGUUGAAGCCUUGGACGCUUUUGUUCAGUUAAAAAACAUUCUGAGCUAUGUUAUUGAUUUCAAUUCUAAAGAUAUAAAUGGAGACUCCCCGCUAAGCUUGGCUUUCAAUAAAACUAGCCUGGUUCCAAUUCUUAUAAGAGGCGGUUCAGAUGUUAACGCGAAGAAUAAAAAUAAUUUGACACUGUUGCACCAAUCAAUAAAGAAUAGAGAUAGUGACACAUGCUUAUUUUUACUAGAGCAGGGAGCAGACUUUACUGCUGUUACAGAUGAUCAGGAUUCUGUUUUGGACUUAUCCAUCAAAUACGAUCUUCCUAGAGUUGAAGAUGCUCUUUGCACAAGAGGAGUCGCACUAGCAUCUGAGAAAAGUGGAGUCUCACCAUUAUGGACUGCUUUAGAAUUGGGAUUUGAAGAUGUGGCUAAUAUACUUGUUCAACACGGUGUUGAUACUGACAGUUGGGAUAAAGGACCAGAGGAAUGCCAACAAACGCUUUUACAUCGUGCUAUAGACGAAAGCAAAGAAUCAAUAGCUAUAUUUCUAAUUCAAAACCAAUGCGAUUUAGAUUCUUCACGUCAGCUAGGUCCCAUUGGGGAGGGUGGCCAUGAAGACCAGCAAAAGGCAUCACCGUUGCACUUAUGUUGUCAAUGUGGCUUGACCAAAGUCCUUCAGACUUUAAUUGAUCAUGGUGCUAAUGUUAACGUUGUACUCUCUAAAAACAAAUCACCACUCCAUAUAGCUACUGAAAACCAACAUUAAGAGAUUAUAUUGAUUCUUCUUUGUCACCCUGUUAUAGACUUAAAGCUACGUGAUAUGUCUGGAAACACGCCGUUUGCAGCCGCUUUUAGUUAGAUUCCCCACAGCAACAGAGCAAAUGGACUCGCUGGCAAUUAUGAAAGGCGAUUUGGAAAGUGUUUUGUUUUUGCUAGCUAUUCAGGUAGAUGUCAACUCGCGGGUACAUGACGUCAAUCAGUCUACGCCCUUACAUCUGGCGGCAGCAUCUCAUAAUGAAAUGAUUACCAGAAAUCUUAUUUUAGCCGUAGCCCGUAUGAAUGUGCGGGAUGCCGUCCAAAAACUGUCUCUUCAUAUUGCCAUUGAACGCGGGAAUCUACCUGCGGUUUCUGCUUUGAUUCAAAACAAUGCCGACUUUGACGCAACGGAUGCUGACGGCAAUAAUGCUUUACACAUUGCAGUACGAUAUAGCCAGUUGUUUAUUGUACGUGAAUUAUUAACUGAAUCUAGAGUGAAUGCAGAAGCAACAAAUUUAAAAGGUCGAAAUCCUAUGCACGAAUUUUGUCGGAUUGUGGAGGAUAAUACGGCAGCACUUAUUUGUGAGUUAUUUCUUGAGUGUAUGCCAAAAUAUCCAAUUAACUUGCCCGAUAUGGACGGUAAUACUCCUUUUUUGCUUUCAUUUAUGAGAGGGCAAUCCCCUCUUUGUAAAAUACUGGUCAAGGCAGGGGCUUGCCUUGGCACUGAAAACAGAGAAGGAAUGAAUAUUUUUAAUUUCAAGCUAGCCACGGAUCAAUUACUUCACAAAUUGUUGGACCUUUUACCACAGGAAUCACCGUGGGCAGAAUGUGACUUAUGCCAGGAGUGUACCACUAGGUUUACUCUUACGAUGAGAAAACACCAUUGCCGACAUUGCGGACGCGUGCUUUUCUCCAAAUGUUCCAGUAACGAUGUACCUAUUAUAAAAUUCGGAAUUAACAAACCUGUUCGAGUUUGUGCUGUUUGCUUCAAUGUCCUGCAAUGCGGAAACGGAUUAGUUUCAUAGUUUACCUAUAAAAAAUGUAUCAUUU